AUGAAAAUUAACCUUGUUAUUCUGAGUUUGAUAGUCCUGCUCUUGAUUUCUUCAACGUUAUUAGUGGAAGGUAGAAGUAGGAAUAAUGAAGAAGAGAAGAGAAGAAGGCAAAGGAGAAUCGUAGGAAGAAGUAGAAGCAGCAGUGGGGGGAGAAGAUCAAGAGGAAGGUCAAAUUGUGAUCCUUUAUUUUCAUACCUCUUUGGAAGUUGUGGUCAAUGGCCUUUCCCUCGUAAUUCACCAAACAAUCCAUUUAUGCAACCAAUUUCCCCUUCUCCCCGCCCGGCUCCGCCGUUCCGUCCUCCGAUAGUGCCGUCUCCUCCGCCAGCGGUUAUACCUCCACCAAUUAUUCCGUCUCCACCACCGCUCGUUCCUUCCCCUCCAAUAGUAACCCCAUCACCUCCACCGGUUGUAUCAUCUCCUCCGCCGGUCGUAACGCCAUCACCACCACCCGUAGUCCCUUCUCCACCACCGGUCUUCCCACCUCCUCCGUUAGUUCCAUCACCGCCGCCGCCAUCUUCUCCACCACCACCUAUAGUUCCUUCUCCACCUCCACCAUUCUUUGUCUUCCCACCACCAGAAUCUCCUCCAUUCUUUGUCUUCCCACCACCACUAGUUGCUUCACCACCUCCACCGGCGGUACCUGUCUUCCCUUGGUUGUCCCCUCCUGACCCAGACAACACUCCCAAUUUUCCGCUAUUUUCUCCUCCGCCGUUAGUACCCGAUUUUCCCCUCCCAACUCCUCAACCACCAGAUUUUCCACCGGAAACUCCACUUGUGCCCAUAUUUUCUCCACCACAACAAGACUUUCCUCCAGCUGAACCAAUUGUCCCUAUAUUUUCUCCACCUCCAAUUUUCACUCUUCCACCACCGGAACAAAAUUCCCCACCAGCUACACCACUUGUCCCUAUUUUUCCGCCAGCAGAUGACCAACCAGUGAUUCCCGAUCAACCACCAAACAGUUUUCAGCCGUCUCCACUGAUUCCUGAUCAACCACCAAUCAACUUUCUGCCGUCACCGAUGGUUCCUGAUCAACCUCCAGUCAAUUAUCUCCCUUCACCGGUAAUUCUUGAUCAAUCGCCGCCAGUUGCAGUAAUUCCGCCAUUUGAGCUUCCGCCUCAGCCGGACUCGCCACCAUUCACCUAAUAGUUAAUGGCUCAUGAUCUCCAUUUCAAUGGUG